AUCGGGAUUCCUGAGGAUUACCCGUCAUGCCCCAUGGCAAAAGAUGGCGACAGCAGAGCGGAGUAGCAGAUCAACUUUAUCCGAGCGGCUCUGAGUGGAUUUGUAUUCGUUCGACGGAGCCUUUCAGCCGCGCGUUGCUGCUGCCGAUUCUCCUCCUCACUCGGACCGCUUCUCCUCUCUGGCCUCGGAUCGGUUCGGAGUCCACUCCCUUCCUCAUCUCUUCUCGCCCCGCCGGAAGAACAGACCGGAGCUCCAGCUAAAGUUUCCUCUUCUCCCCGCUCUCCCGGACUUGUCUGUGAAGGAAAUCCGGGCGGAGCAGCGCUGCCUGCGGACAGGUGUUUCCUGUCUGACAGCAGGUAUUGACUCGUGGUUUUUCAUCCCUCUGUUGGGUGUUGAAGGUCAUUGAGGGCCUAAAGCUCACGAGCCCACAGGAAGAAAAAGAGGAGGAUCUGGACCAGUGUUGGAGGACAGAGGCAGCAGAGAGGAUGAAGAGUUUUCUGUGCUGAUGUACAAGGACUUACAGACCAACAGGAAGGAAGGAUUAAAGGAGCGUCCAGGAUGACAAGCGCGGCCCCGGCCAGAAAGCCGUAUCGGAAGGCUCCACCACAGCACCGUGAAACCCGCCACACUCUGCCCACUGCUCCACCCCCCCCUGCUCAAAAAAACAUGAAUCAGGAGGCCUUAUCGGACUUGGACAGGAUCAGAAUUCUCCAGCAGCAGAAUGAGGAACUACGACGCUGCCUCUCUCUGUCCAACCACAAGAUGGAGGCCAUGGAGGCAGAGUUUGAUGGCAGCCGCCAGUACAUGGAGACUGAGCUCAGCCAGACCAGAGAUGACCUAGACAAGAUGAGAGACAAGUUCCGCAGACUCCAGAACAGCUACACGGCAUCUCAGAGAACCAAUCAGGAUCUGGAAGAGAAGCUUCAUGCUCUGCUACGGAAGGUGGAGAGGGACAAAAAGACGAUGGACAAAGAGAUCGUGGAGCUCACCAACAAACUCCUGGAUGCCAAAAUUACUAUCGACCAACUGGAGGAGCUCAAUGAGCGGUACAGGCAGGACUGUAAUCUGGCCGUGCAGCUGCUCAAGUGCAACAAGUCGCAUUUCAGGAACCACAAGUUUGCUGACCUGCCCUAUGAGUUGCAGGACAUGCUGAAAAAACACAUGAAGAGCAGCCUGCCGGAGCAAGGGUCUAGCCCUCAAGACACGGACACGCUCAGUUUGACUCCUGCUGAUGUUGUGCCGACCUCCGUCAUCGCCCGGGUCCUGGAGAAACCCGAGCCGCUGGUUCUGAACUCCGCCCAGUCCAGUAGCUGCGGUCAUCCUGUCGCAGAGGACGUCUUCGUCCAUGUGGACAUGACGGGCCCCGUGGGGACUGAGGGUCUGGGCCAGGAGAACUGCAGUCAGGUGCCGUCACAGCAGAAUGGGUCCUGCCUCAGUCAGAGCAGUCUGGACGGGCAGUCGGGUGGAGAGGAGGCAGGCGGAGCUCCGUCCUUUGAGAAGCUGAACCCGUACCCGGCGCCGCCACCACCCCACCCCCUCUAUCCGGGCCGCAAAGUCAUCGAGUUCUCAUCAGACGAUAAAGUGAAAAUCCCCAAAAACUCACCAUUGCCCAACUGCACCUACGCCACGAGGCAGGCCAUAUCCCUCAGCCUUGUGCAGAGCGACGAGGAGCGGCUGGCCCCUGGAAGUCCCGCUCCCUCCUCAUCUUCCAGCAAGGGGGGCGGAGUCAACCAGCCAUCACAGCGGGAUGCCGCCAGUGAGCCACUGUCCAGUCAGUCCAGCCCCUUCAGCAGCCCGCCACAGGCGCCCAGUGUCCUGGCGAGCUCCGGCAGUUCGGAGGAAGACCUCCUGGCCAACUGGCAGCGGAUGUUCGUGGAGAAGAUGCCACCAUCAUGCGAGAGCUCCCUGGUGCGCCGCACAUCCUUCAGCAGUCAGACAGCUCAGGAGUUGCAGAGGACGAAGCAGGUGGCGGGGCGUGGGGCCACCUCCUCCUCUGACCGCCACCAAGCGGUGUACUCGGAUGGCGAGGAGGGUUCAUCAGCGAGGAGCUGGACACCGAGCCGCGGCUCUAGCCUUGACACAGACACUGACACCGAGCUGCGGCCCAGCAGGAGGGGGCGCUACAAGGGAGACAGCUCCACAGAAGAGGGCGAAAGGCUGCUGAUGAACCUGGAGGAAGAUGGCGGCAGCGGGGACACAGCGGACACUGUGGCAACCAGCCCCACCAACAGGAAGGAGUUUGAAGAGGAGGAGAGUUCAGCCGAGGAGAGAGACAUUCUCCCCCACGACCUGCCCGUCAUCUCGCCCCGUCUCCUGGACUUUGAACACACCCUUGGCACCACCACCUCACAGCGUCCCCAGAAGAGCCCAAAGAGGAUGGGGGUCCACCACCUGCACCGCAAAGACAGCCUGACCAGAGCCCAGGAGCAAGGCAUGCUGCUGGACUGACGCUCGCUCACCCGCACUGUGCUCUCUGUGCUGUAGGUCUCCAUGGAAACUGACCAGUCCAUCACAGGGGUCAGAGGUCACGGCCAUCCAGGAUAUAGCCAUACUCUACCGUAUGCUGCCGAGCUCACCACCUGACCACCGUGUGUGUGUGUGUGUGUGUGUGUGUGUGUGUCUGUGGGGCUGACCAGCCAGAGAGGACUCUGGGUGUUUGUGUGGAUGUUUGUUGUUAAACUUCACACAAACAUAUAAUGUAUAUAAGCAAAAUAAAGUGUAUUUUUCUGUAAUAAAAUCAAAUCCUAGAAGUAUUUAUAAAGAGUCAGAGAUUAACAGGUCUUAGAAAACUUUCUUCUUUUUUAUUUCUUGAAAAAUGUUGAAGAUAAAAGUCGGAUCAACACUAAAUGCACCAUGGCCAAUGGUCUGUGGACAUUUCUGCACACAUUUUAUUGUUCUCUGUAUAAGGUGUUUUCAGAAACGUGUUUCGGAACGUGAUUAUUACUAUUAUUAUUUUUAAUACUGAAUAAUUUAAAAACACUCUUUUGCAAAACUAAAUAAAAUCAAAAGGAUUUAUCAAGUCUCCUUCAGAAUUAAAUAUUUGGCAUUUGACACAUUUCCACCAGAAUGUAAAGAGAAAUUUUCAGAACCAAUAACUGAACAUUCAAAUUAACAAAUAAAAUGUGAACAUGUGAUUUUUUUUUUUUUUUUAAACAGAGAACUGUACAGCGUUUGGCCAUACAGUGUACUUUGACAACAUACUUGUGGUCACAAAGUACUAAACUUAACUUUUGACCAUGUAGUGUACAAGAAAAUGAGUUAAGUAUUAUACUUUGGUCAGGUGUCUGCGUGCAUAUGGCCACAGUCUGUCGUUCUGAUGUCCAGUACUUUAGUCCAUAUAUGUGACUCUCAUUGGGUUUCCACUAACAACCUUAAAGGCGUGGCCAAAGUAUGUGGACACUUAAGCUGACAGUGCUUUGUGGCCACAAGUGUGGGGUCACCUUGUGAAAUUUAAAGUGAUAAUUAGUAUUAGAAUCAACAAUAAAAACCCCAUAUUGGUGUGCGUGUGUGCAUGCGUGUGAGUGUGCACGUUCAUGUAUGCGCGGAGUAGAAGAAGAAAAGAAACUAAAAACAUUUACAGACAUCUUGGUUAUGUAUCCUGAACAGGAGCUUUUAUUUUGGAAGAGAGCAGGUGAGACACACCUGGACGAACACACACACACACACACACACACACACACACACACACUCAGCGCCUAUCACUCUCUAGGGAAGGUUGUGAGUAUGACACCAGGCCAGGCAGACUUAUUUUUCUCUUGUCAUGACAUGUUAUUUAGUCACCUGAUUGGUUCACUGGGGAGUCGCAGAUAUUUGACCUAUGACCCUGACCCCCCCCCCA